CUGCUGGACCAAGUGUGUACUGCGAGGGCGCCAAUGAGUAAGAUUUCCUCAACAUAGGGGUUUCUCCCGCCACGAACUCCCCACUUAGCCAUGACAGCCGAAGAUUGGUAUAGGAUGAUGGGAGUUGUAGUUUUGCAACAGGUGGAGGGCCCAAAGUUGAGGAACACUUUACACGCUCAAUUUUUGUGAUUUGGGAUGCUUCAUGAUGCAAUUUUUGUGGCUUUCCCCUUACAAUCUUUUUUUCUCUCGAGAUAACGCCACAAAAAAACAAACAAACGGCAGCAUUAUGCGAUUUUGGAAAACUGACCCUUAGCCUAAGAAGCCACCCUAGGGGUAUGGUAUUUCAUUUUUCUCUAUUGACUCCCAGCUAAUAUCUGGACACUGCUUUCUUGGUCCCUCAAAAAUGCCAUAUAGCGCAUAUGUUUUUUUGUUGUUUUUUUGGGCCAUUUUUCUUUUUACAAAAAAAGCCUGUCUGUUUCCAGUUUAAAUGCAUUUUUAUUGAGUUUUAUGUCUGUUCCAUUUUUUCUCAUUGCAAUUCACGUGAUUCUUUAAUCCUGUGAUUGAUUUCUAUUGAAGAAUGUGAAAAAAAUGCUUUUGUGCCAUAUAGUUACAUAUUUCACCCAUUGGUCAAAAAAGUUAAGAAAAAAGAACUAGAUGGCACAGUUUGCAUUUAUUUUUGUAGUUCCUUAUUGUAUAGGGAAAACACAAGCUGGACAUUCCUUUAUGGAGUGAAAGAAAAGUAUACUGAAGUGUACAAGCAGGACAUUGGCUCCUGUCAGACCCAUAGGGGUCUAAGCUGUGGUGAAGCGUGAGUUGGUAGCACCCGAGCUCAGACCGCCAUGCAAACGCAUUAACUUCCCCAUAGUGGACAACCAGUCUUAUCUGCCGGCCCCAUCAGGCCCUACCCUGCACCCUACUACAAAAAUGGACUUGCCCGCACAUGAAAAUGGACAAGCCCGCUAAAGAGGUGUAGGGCAGCAGGCCGCCUCAUUAGAGAGAGGAGAGGGGAUGCAUUAAGCAUGGCAUGAAAGGAAAGAGGAGAGAUGCGGGGGAAGGGAAGCUGAAAGCUCAGAGUGCAUGCAAAACGAUCGGGAGAGGGAGAAAAACAAAAGUCAACCAUUGCAAAAGAAAAGUGAUUAACGCUGAAGGAGAAGAUGGACAUUAUUUGAGAAAGUGAAGUGGGCCACUGUAAGAAUUCAAAAAGGUUUUGAAGAACAAAAAAAACUUCGAAUGGUUGCAUCAAAUGGCAUCAUACAGAGGGAUGACUCGCCAAUGGAGGCAGAAGUUGGAGGCCUGAGGCAAAGUAGGAGCCAAUGCUUACAGCGGGGUGAUUUUGAGUUGUCAGAUGUGUUUUACUUUUCCAAAAAAGGUUUUGAAACUAUUGUAGAAGAUGAGAUCACCCAGAGAUUCUCCUCAGAAGAGCUCAUAUCGUGGAAUCUUCUGACAAGGACAAACUACAACUUCCAGUAUCUCAGUGUCCGCGUGACGCUUAUUUGGGUGCUUGGUGUUUUUGUACGUUACUGCAUUCUUUUACCUUUACGGGUUACCUUAGCUACCAUUGGGAUCAGCUGGCUGGUGAUAGGAGCCACACUUGUUGGGCAGCUGCCAAACAGCAGAUUAAAAAACUGGCUCAGCGAAAAUGUCCACCUGGUCUGCUGUCGGAUUUGUGCCCGAGCACUCUCCAGUGCCAUUCAGUACCAUAAUAAAGAAAACCGACCUAAAAAGGGAGGAAUUUGUGUGGCCAAUCACACCUCUCCAAUUGAUAUAAUUAUUUUAGCUAAUGAUGGCUGCUAUGCUAUGGUUGGACAGGUUCAUGGAGGCCUUCUGGGACUUAUCCAAAGAGCGAUAGCAAGGGCAUGUCCACAUGUGUGGUUUGAGCGUUCUGAGAUGCGUGAUCGCCACCUUGUGACAAAAAGGCUGCGAGAACAUGUACUUGAUAAGGAAAAAUUGCCCAUUUUGAUUUUCCCAGAAGGUACCUGUAUUAAUAAUACAUCCGUUAUGAUGUUCAAAAAAGGAAGUUUUGAAAUUGGUGGAACCAUAUAUCCUGUUGCAAUAAAGUAUGAUCCUCGCUUUGGUGAUGCUUUUUGGAACAGCAGUAAAUUCACAAUGGUAAAAUACCUGUUAAGAAUGAUGACAAGCUGGGCCAUCAAAUGCAAUGUCUGGUACCUACCUCCAAUGACUAGACAGGAAAAUGAGGAUGCCGUUCAGUUUGCCAAUAGAGUUAAAUCUGCCAUUGCAAAACAAGGUGGACUGAUUGAAUUACCCUGGGACGGUGGCCUAAAAAGGGAUAAAGUAAAAGACUCAUUCAAGGAGGAGCAGCAGAAGACCUACAGUAAAAUAAUUGCUGGAGAAAAUAAUUUAUUUCAGAAGGAGAACUGAUCAAUAGCUUACCUGUACAGCUUUCAAGAGUCCAAGAAUACUCCUGGUUUAUUUUUCUACUGUCUUGCGCUGUUCCAGAUUUACUAGAACAGCACAAGAUAUACUUGUUUAAUUGGGUAUAUUCCCUUUUUUUUCACUUAAACAAAGGACUUUACCAAAAAAAUAGCUAGGUAAGCUGUAAUUAUUUAAGUGCCGUCAACCAUGACAUGAAAAAUAUUUUGAUAAAGUUGGAUUUUUUAGCCUCCAAUAUUUUUGGUUAAGAAUAUCAGGAACAUGAUUGGUGAUUGCUUUAAUAGAUACUAGGUCAGAUUAAGGCUUAUUUCUGUGCACUAUAUAAUCACCAGAGACCUGAUACCAUUGACAUAAAAUGAAUUGUAAUGAACCAUGUUUGCUGUAUGAGAAUUGUGCAAUGAUAUUUUUACUUACACCUCAGAUUUAAAUAUGCUUGUGUAUAUAUUGUUAUUCCAUUCUCACAGAGGUUUAACCUUCAGACAUCACUACUGUUUGUGUCUAAAUGUGUGAAGUUUACUUGAAAUGGCUGUUGCUGUUUUAGCAAUAAAGAACAGUAAUUGUAUGAAGAAAAGAAAUAGCAUUUUUUAAAUAUUUUCUGUAUCAAUUCCUAACAGAAAUAAUAAUAAAAAAAUUGCAGUUGUCCAGGCAAAAGCUAACUUUUCUCCUGGAUUGGAGGUUGUAUAAAAUAAUACAUUUACUAUACUCGCCUGUUCCAGUCCCCUGCAGCUGCUGUUUCGACGCUCUUGGUCCUCUGCUGGUCUUUGCUUUUCUGGCUUGUGUCCUGUGCUCACAAGGCCUGGCCGCUCAGCCAUGGCAGUCAGGGUGUGUGAAUGUUUUACAUUAAAGGAGUAGUCCAGUUUAGGGAAAUGAGCUCUUCGGCUCUCCCAUAGUGUGUGCCAACCCCUGCACCAUGCACGAGGAGAGCCCGAGCCACUUGCCGGAGAUCGUGGGGGUUCCCAGCGGUUGGACCCUCCUGCAAUUAGACACUUAUUCCCCUAUGCUUUGGUUAGGGAAUACAUUUCUCUUAUCUGGUUAACCCCUUUAAGGGGUGUGUAUGCCUAAUACACACCACCUGACUGUAUAAUCCCUCCAAUCUCCUGAUAUUCAAUCAUAUAUUACUAAAAUUAAGUUCAUGCCCAUUUGACUGAAUCCCUAAACUAUAAACCCACAUAUUUUGAGAACAGAAGGAAGAAACUGUAAAAAAGGUAUGUGAUCAGAGCAGUGUUUUAAUGAUCACAUUUUUUGAGGUUUGGCCAUAGGUCCUCUCUAAUGAAACUAGUACAACAGAGACCACGAAAAACAUGGUCUGAGGUACAGACCGCUUCUCCUGGGCCAGACACGGGGAGUAAAGAAACGCACAGACGUCUGGUUACAGAUAACUGUCUGAGCAGGGUGCAGAUGGUAUUACACACAGUCCGGGGCAGAGUAGAAGGGAUGCAGUGUAACCCUUUGGGAGCCAUGUUGCCUUGCUUGGACUUAUGGUGCAUUUUCACCACGUUGCAUGAAUGUUACAAUAAAGCUACUCUUCUGAUAUAUCAACAGAUCCAUGCAUUUUUAAAUCAUGUUCGUUUCUGAAGUCCUUUUUAUAGUCCUUUUUUAGUUUAGGAUAUUUUGUUUGCAUCAAUUAAAGUUGCAGAGAUCUUUGGGUGCAAAAAUAUUUUUGAGAGACAACUUGACGCUUACAUUGGUAGAAUACUAGGAUACAUGUGACACUUGCAGAAUGGCUGGGUAGAAUUGAGAAGAGAUCUGUUCUUAGGCUUUCCUCAGGAUUUCUCCACACUUGAGCUUAGCACACUCCACACGCCAAUUGGGCACCAGAUAUGUGGCUAAAAAGCAAAAUGCUAGGCACAUAUCCGUGCGGUAAAUGUUCUGCAUGUAGAUAUGUAACACAAAGU